AACUUUGAUAAGUUCCGAAUCAUGUCGGAAACUGCGUCGUUUAUCGUAAUUUUCAUAGUUGUCUUUCUCGUUCCGUUUUCUAAAUCAGUUAGUUUCCAGCUUCCAAAGUUCGGCUCCGACGUGAAUGUCGUACUCCUCGAAGGCGACGCCUUUUAUACCGCCGGAAAAAUCCAGUUGACCACCGUUGACUACACUCGCGUUGGCCGAGUCAUCUACAACGGUAGCGUACCUCUUUGGAACGAGUCCUCGAAUGCAGAUUUCACCACACAUUUUUCUUUCACCAUCGACACGGGACAGGGUCCGCUCCACGGCGACGGGCUCGCGUUCUUUAUGGCACCGGUGGGCUUCCAAAUACCACCUAAUUCAGCCGGCGGCUACUUGGGACUUUUCAACACCCCUAAAACCGAACCUAAUCAGGCCCAAAUUGUCUCUGUCGAAUUCGACACGUAUUACAAUUAUGGAUGGGAUCCCUCAGGGCCCUCCAAUGAUGAAAUUUUGGUUCCAACAGAUGGUCGUGGGCACGUGGGAAUCAAUAUAAACUCGAUUACUUCAGCAAUAUCGAGCGGAUGGAAUUCGACUCUACAUAGUGGAGAACUCGCAGAUGCCUGGGUUCGGUAUAACUCCACGACGAGAAACUUGAGUGUAUCGUGGAGCUACGGAGGGUCGAAUUCAUCGAGCCUUUCUUGGCAGAUAGAUCUCAAAGAGGUUCUUCCUCAGAGGGUCACUGUCGGUAUCUCUGCUGCCACGGGAUUCACUUACGAGCGGCACACGCUUGCAUCGUGGGACUUCCAUUCGAGUCUAGACAUAAUCGACGCGAUUGUGAAUAAUAAAACUAAUACUACUAUUCCGAUUACUAACAAUAAUAAUAAUUCAAACAAAACUAUCGGAUUAGUUGUCGGUCUAGCUUUGUUUGUAUGUGCUUUGAUUGCCGUUGCAGUUCUCGUGUUGAGGAAAAAACGGAGCUAUAAGAAAGUGAACCCAGGUGCAACGAACACGACAUCGAUGAUAAACGAUGAUCUUGCUGUGGGGCCAAAAAGUUUUUCAUACAAAGAUCUUUAUGCGGCCACUAAUAAAUUCUCGGAAAAGAGAAAAUUGGGAGAGGGAGGAUUCGGAGGGGUAUACAAAGGACACCUCAUCGACCUCGAUAUUCCAAUCGCUGUCAAAAGAUUCUCGGGGCGAUCCAAACACGGGAAAAAACAAUACCUAACGGAGGUGAAGGUCAUAAGCAUGUUGAGGCACAAACACUUGGUGCAACUAAUCGGUUGGAGCCACGACCAGGGCGAGUUGCUGCUCGUGUACGAGUUCAUGUCCAACGGCAGCCUGGACCAACACCUGUUUGGUAGAGAGAAGAGUCUUACUUGGACCCAAAGGUAUAAUAUAGCCAUUGGCUUGGCAUCCGCUUUGCUCUAUCUCCACCAAGAUUGGGAGCAAUGCGUAGUGCAUAGAGACAUCAAAUCGAGCAACGUAAUGCUCGAUUCGAGCCUCAAUGCCAAGCUUGGCGACUUUGGGCUGGCCCAGCUUAUGGACCAUGGGCUCACACCAAGGACAACGGGCCUGGCUGGAACUUUCGGCUAUAUGGCGCCUGAAUAUUUGAGCAGCGGCAGAGCCAGCAAAGAGUCAGACGUAUACAGUUUUGGGGUUGUGGCCCUCGAGAUCGCCACAGGUAAAAAAUCUAUUGGUCCAUUGAACCAGGAGUGUAAUAAGAGUUUGGUGGAGUGGGUUUGGGAUUUAUAUGGGAACGGAAAGCUUCUUUCGGGUGUGGAUGAGAAGGUGCGAGAUGAUUUCGACACGAAGCAAGCUGAGCGUUUGAUGAUAGUCGGGUUAUGGUGCGCUCAUCCCGACUUUUGCUUGAGGCCGUCGAUAAGGCAAGCUAGCCGUGUACUCAAUUUCGAAGCGGAUUUGCCCAAACUCGAGAUUAAAAUGCCAGUGCCCGUGUUUAACGCACCUGAAAGCCCAUCAGCUAGCUCCGAUACUGAGCCUUUAUCGAUUACCUCGAGCAUCAACAUCGGCCGAUAAAUGUGUGUUUUGCGCAAAAAAUAAAGAUGUUUUUUUUCAUUUAUUUAGAAA